GCUCUUUCUUUGAUUCAUGCUUCUAGAUUUCUUCGGCGGUGUUCUUGUGAUCGGUGGCUGAUCUUGCACUUUACCACUCCGACUUUCAUCACAUUCACGACAGGAGCAUGUCGGCGGCGACACGAUUACCUGCGGUAGCAGGCGCCCUAACUGCCGCCGGCGGAGCUAUUGCUUUCUUUUCGCAUCCAGCCGUUCAGGCCUUCUUCACUGAACAUUUUGGAGCAAGUGCAGGCAGCAAAAUGCUCAAAGUCCUCGCCGGCGCAUUCGCAUUGGCCAACCUCAAGAACCUCCCAGGUUUCUGGCACAUCCGAGUACUUCGUGGCAUCAUCUACCAGAUCUACUUCCAGAAGCGAGCGAUACCGCCCAAACACAUUUUCGCCCCAUUGAUCACACAGUCGAGGAAUACGAUAUGGGACUGCGACUACAACAUCCACAAGAGCAACAGCACUUAUUUCGCCGACCUUGACGUAGGACGAGCACACGCUGUCGGUGCUAUUAUCAGAACUGGGCUUGCUCGCUUGAAUGCAGGUGAUCAAGAGGGACUCCCGAGGUCCAACGUGGAAGCAAAGGGAAAAUAUGUCGUGGCUUUGGGAGCCGUGUCGUGCUUCUUCCAACGACAAAUCGAGCCGUUCCAGGCCUUUGAGGUGUACACCCGAGUACUGAGCUGGGAUCGCAAAUGGUUGUAUACUGUUUCACACAUUGUACAAAAGGGCAAGAUCAAGCCAGAUAGCUAUGUGUUGCAGCCUUGGAAGAACAGCAAGAUAAGGAAACAGAAGCAAGAGCAGAACGGAGAAGAGGACUUGACAAAAUACAUUUUCGCGACAAGCUUGGCGAGAUACGUGUUCAAGAAGGGAAGGCUGACGAUUAACCCGGAAAUCGUGCUGGAGAGGUCUCGGUUACUGCCACCGAGACCCGCCGGUGUUGGUUUCCCACCAAGAGCAGAGGCCGGUGAUUCACUCGAUCCUACUGCCACACCUUUCACACCUGCCACCCCGGCGACCAAUAUGGGAGAGAGCGCAGUGAUUGUAGGCGAGGAGGUGGACAGCAAGCUGGAAGGUUUUAAAAGUAAAGAGGGCGACGACGACUGGACUUGGGACGACAUGGAAAAGGAACGACUCAGAGGCUUGGAGCUUGCCAGUCAUUUUGAUGCUUUGAACGCUUGCCAUGGCGAGCUUCGGGCAGGCGAUGUGCUUGGAAAAUAUGGCGAUUACUGGUGAGCGGUUUUGCGGACACAAGGACACAGCCAGCGAGUAUACAAGUAGACGAGAUACCCGGCAGCGGAAUGCCAUGUACCAAUAAAUAUUGAGAAGACCAUAGUGCCGCAAAGGCUGUCUGAAGCUGGAA